GUUGUCAGCCCGCCCAAUCCGCCCCCACCAUCCUCGGUCCCGCCGGCCGGGCUGGGCUCGAGCGGUUCGCUGAACCACGCGACCGCCCCCACGACGCCCCAUCCGCCCGGGUACCAUCAUCCGCGGAACUUUUCUUCGCUGCUCUACGCCCGCAAAUCGUCCAGCCCGGGUCGGCAGGGUCCGACCGGGGGCAGUGCGGGGAGUGGCCGUGGUCGGUACGGGAAGGCCGUACGGGGUGGUGGGUUGAGCACCUUGCCGCGCCCGGUCGCCCGUCGGACGGCGGCCGCAAGCGAACUGCGGCGAAGUUCGGCGGCCGGAUUGAACGUCGUCUCGCAGAGGCCUCCGCUUCCGCCGAGGAUCGAACUGCGCAGCCACAGCUACGACGGGCUGCUGGAUGACGGUGGCCAGGGCAUCCGGCGGAAGGUGGUCGGCACGACGAUGGCGGUGCCGUCGCCGAUGGCAUCGAUGACAACCGAAGGACACGAUCGAGUGGAUGGCGUCGCGAGUGUCGCUGCGCCCAGCGAGGGUGAAGUCAGCGAGCAACAGAAGGAGCAGCUGAGAUUGGGAAGGAAACCUUCCAUGUCCGUUGUUGCAGGCGCGGGAAGUGGCCCCGGCUCGGCUGGUGGCGAAACGAUCAAGAGCAAAAAUCGACGAUCGCGUAGCAUGGACGACCUGUUCGACGACGAUGUUAGAGGGCAAGCGGUGGAGUGCGAUUUCCUGGACAACACCCAGAGCAUGGAAACGCUGCUGGGCAACGAUCAUCAGAGUCUCCGGGUGAUGCACGAACCGGCCGGAAGUUCCCCACCGGAAUCACCCGGCGCCACCGAGGAUGCUCCACCCGAAGUGGAAGAGGUCCGCUCGAUGGGCGGCAACAUCUGCUUCAACCGUCGCUUCGUGCACGAUGACGAGGAGCCGGAAGGGCGCCAGGAAGACGUGCCUCCCGUCGAGGAUCCACAGGACUUCCCCUCCCUCACGACCUCCCACGAGCAGCUGUGCGAAAACGAAACCAUCACGGUGGACAGUACGCCCCGAUUGGCCCAGGAAGAGGAGGACGUCCAGUCGACGCACUCGUCCGCGACCGCAUCGUCGCACGGGUCCAGCUCCGGCCCCAAGAAAGCACCCAAACCGCUCAUCAACCGGUACGUGAAGAAGGUGAAGUCGCUCAUGAAAAUGUAGGCCACCUGCCCUCCCCAUCUCGAAUCGAUUUCGAAAAGCUUCUUGUGAUCUGUGUUACUGGUUUCCUUUGUAACCGUAACUUCCCUUAGGAAAAACGAACGAAAUUUAUUACUCCACUGCGUUCCACAAUCACUCCUAUCCUUAACUUAUUGUUUGCGUUUUUUUGUUUGGAUUCAUAUCGAAGUCCUAUCGAUCAGUAUACACUUAGCCGCCGAAGGAAUGAGGUAUUUUUCUUAAGUUUAUUUUCGUUUUUUAAUUCCCAAUCAUGUGAGGGAGUAAGUUACACUGGUAAGAGUUUUCAUCUCUUAAUAUAGGUUUUUAACAAAUUGACGAGUAGCCUGCUCGAGCAGGAAAUAGAAUGAUAGAAAGAGAUACGGACAAGGAUAUUGUCUAACAAACAAAAAAACACACAUAAAAGUGUAGUCCAUAACACAAAACACAAAUAUUUACUAGCCUCUUAGUCUACCUAUUUGUAAUGUAACGUUUUAUCUCGUAAGUUCAAACCAAUCUACUGCUAAACUACUUACACCAUUGUGAUUAUUUUCGCGCGCUGUUGCGUGAGAUGUUGGACCGUUGUAAAAUAUAUUAUUUAGCGUGCGUGGGUCAGUACCGUCUGCGGGUGCUGCGCCAAGAGAUAAAACUGAAUGUAUUGGUUUUUAUGGCUAUUUUUCGAACUGAAAAAUUGUGUACCCAAUCGUACGGUGCUUUUUGUAACCGGUGAGGAAGAAUUAGCGGAAGAGAGCGGAAUAUCAGCCGAAACGUAGCGGAUCAGAACGAGGAAAAAAAAGGGCUAGGCCCUCUUUCCCCUCACUAGGGAAACUCAGGACUCACCAUUAAACCAGCGUGCGUGCUCUGGAACGCUUGCUUUGCCUUUAAGAUGUUCAUAGUUCUGUUGUGCUUUACCAGCUGCUUUACGAUGUAAAUAUAUCUCUUCGCGGCUAGGAAAAUUACCGUAUAGUUGCGCGCCGCUAACAACUGUAUGUGCUUUACGCAUCAGACCACACGACGAGUGUCGUUUAGUGUACUCGCGUUCGGUGUCGAACACUUUACUGUACGUUGUUUUCGUCCAAAACAAUCGUACAGCCCCGGUCAAAAUGGUACUGAAGGCAACGAAUCGAAAACUAGUGCUUUAAGAAUGUGAAAAUCGACGUGUAUUAAGGGAAAGCGAAAUCUAAUCAUCUUUCUUGCUUUGAGAAUACAAAUAAAGCAAUAUUUAUCUCAUA